UUUCUCUCUGUGCUGUGUAGAAUUGCUUGCUGUUUGGGAUUUUAGUCUGGGUUUCUGUACAGCACUUUGAGAUAUCAGCUGAUGUAAGAAGGGCUAGAAACAUACAAUUUGAUUUGACAUAGGCACGUGGGAUAAUACAUGUACUCGUAUGUUCGUGUACUGAGUAAUUGUUCUUCGAAUUUAUCUAUGACGCAAUAUAGUGUUAUCUAUGUCACCAAUGAGCGUAGUUGUAUUACUGUUCUCGAGACCCUUCUGCUCUCAGGUCCUUCCUGCUCGCCCCGCCCCUUUGUUUUGUUCUCAUCUGGAACGUGAACAGGCCGCUUGCGUUUUGAACAGGUAGAAGCUAGAAGACGACUGAAAACGAAGAAAGGAUUAUGUUUACAAUCCAACCGGGGACCUCACAAGGAGAUUCCACAGGGGACCUCACAAGGAGCUUCCACAGGGGACCUCACAAGGAGCUUCCACAGGGGACCUCACAAGGAGCUUCCACAGGGGACCUCACAAGGAGCUUCCACAGGGGACCUCACAAGGAGCUUCCACAGGGGACCUCACAAGGAGCUUCCACAGGGGACCUCACAAGGAGCUUCCACAGGGGACCUCACAAGGAGCUUCCACAGGGGACCUCACAAGGAGCUUCCACAGGGGACCUCACAAGGAGCUUCCACAGGGGACCUCACAAGGAGCUUCCACAGGGGACCUCACAAGGAGCUUCCACAGGGGACAAGGAGCUUCCACAGGGGACCUCACAAGGAGAUUCCACUGCUCUGGUGACAGGAAGAAGAUCUGGUGUUAUGACAACUCCAGAUAUGAGUUCUCUAUUUUUUACUUAACCAACAAUGCAUUUUUAAGAACAAUUAGUGUCAAGGGCUUGUAAGUAAGCAUUUCACUGUAAGGUUUACACAUGUUGUAUUCAGCAUUUCACUGUAAGGUUUACACCUGUUGUAUUUGGCGCAUAUGAAAAUGUAACAUUUGAUUUGACACAGGAGAGAGAGACACCUCACACUUGUUGCAGCUCCAUUCAAUAACCAGUUGUUAUUGCUCCUUUUACCAAGAAACAUUCAAACUCUGCGGGGACAAAAUGAAUCGAGAGGAGGGAGUGUUGAUGGAUGAAAUCGAAAAGAGUUUAUGGAAUUUGACUGAGGCCAAUUUACGUUACCUGUGUGAACAUCAUGGACAUGAUGGAUUGGAAGUUAAAGCAAUGGAUCACCGCUCGCUGCGGCGUAAAAUCAUGGAGGAAAUGUGGGACAAUACGGAUUCAAUGAAAUCAGAGGAGCAGGGAACGUCUUGGUUACUCCAACUGAAAGAGAACAUCAGGAGGAUGCUGGAGGAUGCUAGCAGUGCACCCUCGAGUCCCCUCCAGGCUGAGGAUGCUGUAGACUGUGAUGAAGAGUGGAGCGGAGAGGGAGGGGCUGGGUUACCUAGCGACGGGUUGGAGGCGGAGUCCAUGAGUCCCAGACAAUCCAACGUCGCUGCAGACUGCGACGUGGAGGACAAGGAUUGGUUACCUAGCAACAGACUGGAGGCGGAGUUAACUCCAGAAAGGCACACACUAGAGCAAAGAGUGAGAGGCGACACGUCUCUCCCGCCCCCCUCCACUCUCCUGAAGACCCUGUGUCGUGCCUCUCCCGGUACCCCCUUAAUUUGGGGUCUGAAGAGGGUGUCUGUGCAGCUGGUGGACUGCAGGAAAACACCAGGGCAGAAAACACACAAGAAAACCCACUCCUGUCCUCAAGGCGGGAAGAGUCUUGCCACAAAAGAUAUUCUGGAGCGACAUCUGCUAACUCACACUGGAGAGAAACAGAAGAAUAUAUGCGCUGAAUGUGGAAAAGUAUUCAGUACAUUUUCCAGCCUUACCAGGCAUCUGAAAACUCACACUGGAGAGAAAUGUCAUGUUUCUGAAACCACAUGCUCUGAAUGCGGAAAGACAUUCAGUACACAUUCCAGUCUUAGGAGACAUCUGCUAACUCACACUGGAGAGAAACCGUACGUUUGUCCUCGUGGGAAGAAUUUAAAUGAUCCAGGCAACUUAAAGAAACACAUCUUUAGAACUCACUCAGGAGAACAUUUUGAAGAGGAACCUUCUGAAAACAAUGUUGGUUCCUCAGAACAUGAUGGGGCCGUGAAGAAACAAGUCCUUCAUCCAUGUGCUCACUGUGGUAAGAAGUUGUCAACCAAAACAAGACUAACGAUUCACCUGAAGACCCACACUGGAGAGAAACCUCACGUCUGCCCCGACUGCGGGAAGAGCUUUGCUUUCCGUCCCUCCUUCACCAAACAUCAGAAACUUUGUCAUUCAGAGCACGGAGGAGUGAAACGGCACCAAUGUUCAGUGUGUGGGAAAGUCUUUAAUCAACCAGGAGCCUUGAGGUCCCAUCAAAGAACCCACACGGGAGAGAAACCCCACCUCUGCUCCGACUGUGGGAAGAGUUUCUGUUUUCGUUCGUCUCUGAGAAGACAUCAGGUACUCCACGCAGGGGACAGUGCGAAGCCCCACGUGUGCUCUGUCUGUGGGAAAGGCUUCAGAGAUUCUGGAUACUUAAAAAAACAUCAAUCCAUCCAUUCAGGAGAGAAACCUCACCUCUGCUCCAAUUGCGGAAAAACUUUCACGUCCUUCCUUAGCUUAACAAAUCAUUCCAAAUCACAUCGUCAAGAUGGAAACCAAUUCCAAUGCCCUGAAUGUAAGCGCCAUUUCCCAACAAAGGAAAGGCUGACAAGCCACCGGAGGACGCAUACUGGUGAAAAACCGUUCUGCUGCUCCCAAUGCCACAAGCGCUUCUCUCAUUCAAAUAGUUAUCAAAGGCACCUUCGUAUGCACUCCGGUGAAAAACCCUUUGUGUGUCCUCUCUGUGGGAAGCGAUUUAAUGACUCUUCGAACCUUAGAACACAUGUUAGAAGACAUAAAGGAGAAAAGGUAGGAAAGACACAGGUCUCUGAGCCAUGCCCUCACUGUGGGAAGAGGCUGGCUUCUAAGGCAGGGUUAGAGACCCACCUGCGGAUCCACACUGGAGAGAAACCUCACCUCUGUGCCACAUGCGGCAAGCGAUUUACCUUCCUCUCCGCCUUGAGAAGACAUCAGAAAACGCAGCACAGAGAGCAAGUAGCGAAGCCGCACGUCUGUUCUGUCUGUGGGAAAGGCUUCGUGGAGUCUGGAGCGCUGAAGAAACAUGUGGUGACCCACGAGGAGAAACAGCACCUUUGCUCCGAUUGCGGAAAGAGUUUUAGGGUGCUUCAGGCCUUGUCUAUUCAUCAGAGAACCAAGCAUCAGAAAACAAAUGAGCAAGUAAGAGAAAACAAUUCAUACCUCUGUCUUACUUGCGGCCAGGAAUUCAAUUCAAGCAUAGAUUAGUAAUCCACGAGAGAAAGCACACAGGAGAGAAACCUUACCAAUGCUCUCUGUGUGGCAGGUGCUUCGCUGAUAAGACUAACAUGAGACGUCACCAGACGGUGCACACAGGAGAGAAACCAUUCCAAUGCUCCGUCUGCGACAUGAAGUUCUCUCAAGUCGCCUCUUUAAUACGGCACCGGCUAAUACACUCGGGUCACAAACCGCACCACUGCACUUACUGUGACAAGAGUUUCUCUCAGUCGAACACGCUGAAAACGCACAUACUAACCCACACCGGAGAGAAACCGUACCAGUGCCCCGACUGUGGGAAGGGUUUCACUGAAAAGAAAGCCAUUAAGAAACACCAACAUGACACACACGGGACAGGAGCACACAGCAACACACUGCUUUCUCAUAGAGAUUGAGUCAAGACCAGAGCCCUCGGGCAAAGCCCUACCGAUGUCCUGACUGAAAAAAAUGUUUCUCGGAGAAAAGAGCUCUUGUGAAAACCCAGAUGGCACACCGGAGCGACAGCGCCCCUUAUUGUUUCAUUUUGAUCUGAUGGUUUGAGAAUGUUUUAAAAUAAACAUGUGCUUUUCAAAA